AUGGAUCCUUAUCCUCCCGAAAAUAGACUCGGCGCCCUCGUGGUUUGUAGCGGCACACUCCCUUCCCACGCCGCCGAAGAGGCCCCCAGGGCGGCCGACGACGCCUUUAGCGGCCUUCCGGAGACACAGCAAGUCUGGCCUACGGUGGGGUGGCGGCAUGCGCAGCAUGGUCGUCGUUUGAUUCAGGAGCGACCUCCGGCUGCUGAACAACCAGUCACUGGAGCACGUGUGGAUGGCCUCUGGCACUGUCCUCACCAAUGGAGGAGCCUCGCCUAUGCUGCAGUGCUGCAGGGCGGUGGUCGGGGUGGUCCGCACCGGCGCCUACAAUGUGUGCCUCAUCCUAACUGGCAAAGUGAUCUUCAGCCUCCCCAUCAACUACACCCUCGGCAUCUCCCUUCCGAGGAUCUAUACGGCGACGCAGAUCCUAGCUCCAGAUGUCUUAAAUUCUCCUUUGUUGACCUUGCCUUGACAUCGCCUCGAUGUCUCGCAAUUCUUCCGCACUGUUGCCACCGGAUUCGUCGGUUGAUGAGAAGGCGCUGUUGCCGUGAGUGGAAUCGACGCCGAUCAUGCAGGGGCAGAGAUAGGUGGUGGUACCCAUCAUGCGUUGGUAGAUAUGUUUUUGCAAGUCUGUGUUACACUUGGUAUUGUGUGCGUAUGUAUGUAGUUAGACAAGUAAAUCUGUUUCAUGGAGGAGAGAGUGCAGCUCUGUGA